AACUGAUCCCCAAGCACAAAUAUGCAAAAACCCAUGACUUUUUUUUUGCCCCUUUGAUUCAGCUACUGUCAUUGAGGUCUUGAGGCAGCUUCCACGUUGUCAAUAGAGAGCAAGGAUGGCUCGUUUGUUCAUAUCCUAUUUUAAACCAAAAGAAUGGGUCAGCUUUACGUUAGAUCAUUGCGAAGCUUUCCUCAAGCAGCUUCUCCAUCAAAUUAUUCUUUGCUUAACCAAAGUGGCUGUAUCAGUCACUAGUGAAAACUGAAAUCUUUAACUGUUCUUUCUGUCAUGUUUUUGUCUUCUUAAGCUAAACAACCUUUGUUCUUCCAAUGCUAUUUUUCGGUUCACUUGUGAAUGGUUAAUUUAGAUUUAGCUUCUUGUGACAGUGAGGGGACAAGACAAGGAAAUGAAGCUGGUGGUGGAGGUCAUUGAUGCUCAUGAUCUCAUGCCUAAAGAUGGAGAAGGAUCAGCGAGUCCAUUUGUGGAGGUUGAGUUUGAAAACCAGUUGAGCAGAACCAGAGCUGUUCCAAAGAAUCUCAACCCCACUUGGAAUCACAAACUGAUCUUUCAUUUAGAUGCAACCAAACCUUACGAUCGCCAGAGCAUUGACGUCUCAGUCUACAACGAGAGAAGGCCUAUCAGUGGGCGGAACUUUCUUGGGAGGGUGAGAAUUCCUUGCUCCAAUAUUGUGAAGGAAGGGGAAGAAGUCUAUCAAGUUUUCCCACUGGAAAAAAAAUGGAUUUUCUCACCUGUGAAGGGUGAGAUUGGCUUGAAACUGUACUUUGCAUCAGAAUCCAAACCCAAUAAAGCUGUUUCUCCAUCAUGUACUGCCCAGCUGGAAGAAAUCUCAUCCUCUCUACGACAAGUACAGGAUUCCACUGCAGCUACAUCUACUGCUAAUCUUCUAGAAAAUGAAGACUCCGCUGAGAAAGAAAUAGCUGAAGGUCCUGAAGUUGAUGCUCCAAAAGUUACCACUGAGGAAGUAAACGGUGAUGCUGCUGGAAAUUCUUCAGUUGAAGCAGAGGCUAAGUUUGGUGGGAUUGCAGAUAUGGUCGAAGUGCCAAAGGAGGAGAGCAGAGAACCUAUACAAGAGGCAGCUCAACAGUUACACAAACAUCAAGUUAUGCAGCAGCAAGUGAUUUCCAUAAAGCAACGACCAAGAGUUACUUCAUUGACAAAUAUUCACCCAGCGAGUUCUCAAGUCCAUUCUCGCCAAAACGAUGAGGAUUACAAAGUGAAGGACACCAGCACACGGCUUGGAGAGAGGUGGUCAAAUGGUGGAAUUGUAAGAGAGUGGAAGCGUGGUUGCACGUGGGAAAAGUUCAAAAGCACGUGUGAUCUAGUUGAGCAGAUGUUUUAUUUGUAUGUUCGGGUCAUGAAAGCCAAGGAUCUUACUCCUAGCUUCAUGACAGGAAGCCGUGAUCCUCUCGUGGAAGUGAAGCUGGGAAAUUACAGAGGAAGAACAAAACACAUUGAGAAAAAAUUGAACCCGGAAUGGAACCAAGUUUUUGCUUUCUCGAAAGAUCGGAUUCAGACCUCUGUGCUGGAAGUUUUCGUGAAGGAUAAGGAAAUGGUGGGGAAGGAUGACUAUCUUGGGAGGGUGGUUUUCGACCUGAACGAGGUGCCAACUAGAGUUCCACCUGAUAGCCCAUUGGCUCCUCAAUGGUACAGACUUGAGGAUUGGAGAGGAGAAGGUGAAGUCAAGGGUGACGUCAUGCUUGCAGUGUGGAUGGGAACUCAAUCUGAUGAAGUUUUUUCAGAUGCUUGGCAUUCUGAUGCAGCCACAGUUUAUGGAGAAGGUAUUUUCAAUGUCAGGUCCAAGGUUUAUGUCUCACCAAAACUAUGGUAUCUCAGGGUCAACAUCAUUGAAGCUCAUGACGUGAUUCCUAGCGACAGAAAUCGCCUGCCAGAUGCUUUCGUGAAAGCCCAGGUUGGUAACCAAGUACUAAGGACCAAGAUAUGCGCACAUCCCACAACAACUCCAUUUUGGAAUGAAGAUUUGAUUUUUGUUGUAGCAGAACCUUUUGAGGAGCACCUGGUGAUUACUGUGGAGGAUCAUGUUCACCCCACUAAAGAUGAGGUUCUAGGGAAGAUAAACUUGCCAUUGAUGCAUUUUGACAAACGGCUAGACCACAGGCCAGUUCAUUCUCGCUGGUUCCCUCUUGAGAAACAUGGCUUUGGACUAAUGGAAGGUGAUAGGAGGAACAACCUCAAGUUUGCAAGCAGAAUUCACAUGAGAGUUUGUCUUGAUGGUGGAUAUCAUGUGCUGGAUGAAUCAGCUCUGUACACAAGUGAUCAAAGACCAACAUCAAGACAACUAUGGAAGCCUCCCGUUGGGAUACUUGAAGUGGGAAUAUUAGGAGGACAUGGCCUUCUUCCAAUGAAGAUGAAGGAUGGGCAUGGCAGCACUGAUGCUUAUUGUGUUGCUAAGUACGGCCAGAAAUGGGUCAGAACCAGAACAAUUCUCAAUACUUUCAAUCCUAAAUGGAAUGAGCAAUACACAUGGGAGGUUUAUGAUCCUUGCACUGUAAUAACAUUGGGAGUUUUUGACAAUUGCCACCUGAAAGAUGGAAAUUCAACCCCUGAUUCACAAAUAGGGAAGGUAAGGGUUCGGCUUUCUACACUAGAAGGUAGCAGGACCUAUAUCCAUUCUUAUCCACUUUUUGUUUUGCAUCCACAUGGGGUGAAGAAGAUGGGUGAGCUUAAACUAGCAAUCAGGUUCACUACCUUCUCACUUGUCAAUAUGGUUCAAGUUUAUGCCCAACCCUUGCUACCCAAGAUGCAUUAUUUACACCCAUUUACAGUGAACCAGUUAGAGAAUUUAAGACACCAAGCCAUGAAUAUGGUAGCCAUUAGGCUUGGCCGAGCUGAACCCCCUUUGAGAAAGGAAGUGGUGGAGUACAUGUUAGAUGUGGAUUCUCAUUUGUGGAGCAUGAGAAGAAGCAAAGCAAACUUUUUCCGAAUUUUGUCUCUCUCCUCUAAUUUGACUGCAAUACAAAGAUGGUUGAAUGAUGUUUGCCAAUGGAAGAACCCCGUCACAUCCAUUCUAGUUCACAUUCUGUUUCUGAUACUAAUCUUCCACCCAGAGCUGAUACUUCCAACUAUGUUUCUAUAUACAUUCUUCAUUGGAGUAUGGAACUACAGGUUCCGUCCCAGACACCCUCCUCAUAUGGAUCCUCAGCUAUCUUAUGCAGAAACAGUACAACCAGAUGAACUUGAUGAGGAGUUUGAUACAUUCCCAACUUCAAGAUCCAAUGAUGUAGUAAGAAUGAGGUAUGACAGGCUUAGAAGUAUUGCAGGGAGGAUUCAGACUGUGGUUGGGGACUUGGCUGCACAAGGUGAGAGGAUUCAGUCUCUGUUGAGCUGGAGAGACCCCAGAGCAACCACUAUCUUCGUCUUGUUCAGCUUUUCUACGGCUGUGGUUCUCUAUGCAACACCGUUCAGAUUGGUGGCUAUGGCCACCGGUUUAUAUUGCUUGCGCCACCCAAGGUUUCGGAGUAAGCUACCAUCUGUUCCAAGUAAUUUCUUUAAGCGGCUGCCUUCUAAAACAGAUAGUUUGCUGUAAUAUUUGUUUUUCUGCAUGUAAUUAAGACAUAACGUGUUGACUUCCUUCUUCAAUGUGAGUGAAAUCAAUAUAUGUACUAAUUUUCUCCAAAGUACAUCAUUGCAGAACGAAUUGCAUGGAUUUUAUGACGGAGAUCGAAGACUUUGAUGAACGUAUUUCUCUAUAAUAAU